GUUGUAAAGGGUUACUUUUUUUUCUUAUGAUGUUCUAUCUAUGAAACUACUUUAUUCAUGACGAUUUGUGAAAGUUUAUAAGUAAAUUUGCGCUUAUGGUUGUUUUGUUCUAUCCUUAUGGCAUCACCAGCACCGAAAUCACCAGAACAAUCUGAAAGAAACAGAAAAUAUGAUAGACAAUUAAGGUUAUGGGGUGAUCAUGGUCAAACUGCGUUAGAAAGUGCACAUGUUUGUGUCAUAAAUGCUACAGGCCUUGGUACGGAAAUUUUAAAAUCCUUAGUCUUACCAGGCAUUGGAGCAUUUACAAUCGUAGAUGGAAAAAAGGUUACUAAUGAAGAUAUUGGGGCAAAUUUCUUUCUAGAAGCAGACUGUAUUGGGAAAUCAAGAGCACAGGUUGCAACACAAAUGUUGUUAGAAUUAAAUUCUGAUGUUAGAGGUGAUUAUAUAGAUGAGGAACCUGAAGAAAUUUUAUGCAACAGUCCUGACUUUUUCAACAAUUUUACUGUUGUUGUAGCUACUUCAUUAGUUGAAAAAUCUUUAAUUCUACUGUCACAAAGGCUUUGGGAAUUAAACAUACCUUUAAUAGUGUGUAGAAGUAUAGGAUUUAUUGCAUAUAUGAGGAUUCAAAUAAAGGAACAUACAGUCAUAGAAACACAUCCAGACAAUGAAACUCCAGAUUUGCGUUUAGAUAAACCAUUUGAGACAUUAAAGAAGCAUCUUGAUUCCAUAAAUUUAGAUGAACUGAGUUUUAAAGAUCACUCUCAUAUACCAUACUUAGUUAUAUUGUACAAAUUUUUAGAAAAUUGGAUUCUAAAUAAUGGGGAAUUACCAAAAACUUACAAAGAAAAAAGUCAAUUAAAAGAAAUGAUAAAAGAAGGAAUGAGAAGAGAUGAGAAUGAUACUGCAAAUAGUGAAGAAAAUUUUGAAGAAGCUAUUAAAGCUGUUAAUACAUGUAUAGGAUGUACUGAGAUCCCUGAGAAUGUAAUGAAUAUUCUUAAUGAUGAUAAAUGCAUCAAUUUAACAGCUAAGAGUAGUUCAUUUUGGAUUAUAGCUAAAGCAAUAAAAGAUUUUGUUGAAAAUGAGGGAGGUGGAUUACUACCAUUAAAAGGUACUUUGCCAGAUAUGACAGCAGAUACGGAAAAAUAUAUAACAUUUCAGCAAAUAUAUCACAAACAAGCGAUAGUUGAUGCAGAAGCAGUAUGGCGACGUACAUUGCAAUUGUUACGACAAUUAGGAAAAUCUUCAGAUUCCAUUUCUGAAAGGGAUGUCAAGUUGUUCUGCAGACAUGCUUUGAACAUACACGUCCAAAGGGGAACAUGUAUCGCAGAUGAAUAUGAUUCUAAAAUUUUUGAUGCAAGCAAUAUAGUGCAAUGUUUAGAAAAUCCCGAGAGUAUGAUGAUUUAUUAUGUUGUUCUUAGGGGAGUUGAAAAAUUUCAAACAGAAUAUAAUUCAUAUCCUGGAGAAUUUGAUGAUCAAGUAGAACCUGAUAUAGUUAAGCUUAAGGCAUGCAUAACAAAGUUACUGAAUGAAUGGGGAUGUGGACCAUUGGUAAAAGAUGAUUAUGUUCAUGAAUUUUGUCGAUUUGGCGGAGCGGAGUUGCAUUCAGUAUCAGCAUUUUUAGGUGGCCUUGCAGCUCAAGAAGUUAUAAAAUUUGUUACAAAUCAAUAUAAACCAGUUCAUAAUACCUUUAUAUAUGAUGCAGUGACUUCAAGUUCUGGAAUAUUUUUCUUUUAAUAUUAUUAAAUAGUAAAUUAUGCUCCUGUAUAAAAUAAAAAUGUACAAUUUUAUAAUUUACAUAAUAAAUUUUGUUCAUUUUA